AUGUUUGAAGUGGGUGGUCUUCCUAAAAAAACCAAAUUCUUUUUAUUUUUUUUUAACACAUGUGUUUUUCGGAAUGGCCUUCCCUUGGCGGCGUUUGGCCAUCAAAAGUUGGAGCCAAUGCCCAUUAUCCCUUAUUCUUUCGAGGGAAGUCAUGGGUCAGUAAAUUCUCUUCUUGAGAGUUUACGGGUUCAUAAGUUGCAAAUCUCAUACAGCACCGGGGCUGGCAGAGUCGUACUGGGAGAAAACUUUAUCCAAGAGGGUCCUGGGGCGCGAAUCAGUGUGCCAUCAGCAGCAGUUUUUUUAUAUAUUUCACUUUUGUGUUAA